AUGGAACAUACUAAAAACAAUAUCCCUAUUUAUGCGGAAGAAAUAAUAAUUGAACAAACAGCAGAGGAAGAGAUUGCAGAACUAAAAGAACAGUUAAAAGUUUUACAAGAAGAGAAGGAAAAGAAGGAUUUAAAAACGAAACUUAACGAUUCUAAAACUAAAUUGCUAGGUUCUUUGUUCGGAAAUAAAAAAAAGUCUGAGAAAAUUGAUAGUUUAAAAAAUAGAAUGUCAAAAUUAGAGGUCAACAAAGAUCAACAAAUAGACAAUCUGAAAGAACAAUUAAAGCAAGAAAAAGAGCGGGCAGAUGAUUUACAAGCAGAAUUAAAUAGAGAAAAAGAUUCUUUUAGAGUUCUUUAUUAUGAAAGACGUGGCAUGCUUGCAUUUUUAAAUGAAAAAUUACAUAAAGAAGAAAAUGAAAAU